AUGGCCGCGAGUAGUACGAUGAAGCUCAAGUUCAAGGCGUGCACGACGUGCAUGCGCUCGUUCGACCCGUUCCAUUGGCGCUACAACUGCCAGGGCUGCGACCGAAGCGUCUGCCGCGAGUGCUCGUGCAAGGUGGGCUGGAAGAAGCGCGUGUGCUGGGCGUGCCUCGUCGCGGCGCGCGCGGACGCCGAAGCCAAGCACCGACACAGCGGUACGACCCACGCGACGUCGUCGUACGUCUCACCAACCACGUCGCAAUGCAAAGCCGACAGCCACACGACGUUCAGCUACCGCAUUCCCGAAGAGGGCGAGCUCUCGGACAGCGACCGCGUCGCGACCCGGUCGCGCGGCCAGAGCAAGGUCGACUCGUUCCUCGAAGACGGCGGCCUCCGCGUCAGCGGCAAGUACGACAACAGCAACGACGACUUGGACCGCUACUCGACGCGCAUCACCGAGUCGAUUUCGGACGACCUCGACUUCAACUGGGCCAACCCGUACCCCAAGGCGCCACUGCCCACGGACGAAGCGUCGCGCCUCGCGCUCGUCAAGGACCUCGAUUUUGAGCGCCAUAUCGCCCACUUUGACAACGACGCCAAGCUCUCGACCUUUGUGACGCAGUCGCUGGCGCUCGUACCGUGGGCGUCCAUGGGCGGCAUCCACCUCAUUGGCGAGCACUACGUCUUCAACCUCGCCUGCAGCGGCUUUAGCUCGGUCUUUGAGAUCGAGCAGCAAACGCUGCGCGAAGAGGCGCCUUGCAGCUACACGCAGUCGACGCCAUUGGUCGUGCUGGACACGACCCAGGACGCGCGCUUCCGCGCCCACCCGCUCACGAUCGAGCAGAACGGCCUCUCGUACCUCUCGGUGCCGAUCGUCGUGACCGGCCGCCAGCACCGGCGCGAGAUCAUUGGCAGUCUCGACUUGGCGGGCCACAAGCCGCUGGCGGCGACGCCGGCGCCCAAGAUCCUCCGCGAGCUCCAAGCGACGGCCGCCAUGAUUGGCUACUACGUCGAGCGCCAGUGCAUGGAGCUCAACAUGAUGGAGAUCGAGAUCGAGUCGUCGCGCGGCCGACGAAAGACGGCGCCGUUCGGGAAGGACAUGAACGGCGACGUGCCAAGCAAGGACGUCUUUGCCGAGUCCAUGGAAGCGCUUUGGAAGAAGACGAUCGAGACGAGCAACCUCAUGCGGAGUACGAUGCCAGCCGUGCCCGCCCAAGAAUACGCCUUCUAG